CGGGUUGCUAUGGAUUGGAUUUGCAGUGCAGGCUGCCGCUGCUCUCUUCCUCCAGGACCUCGGCGGUGGCGGCGUCGCGGACUGCAUCGCCGCGCUCGCCGGCCGCCGCUCCUCCUGCCUUUCCAGGAGCAUUAAACCCUGCUUCCGUUGUCCCUAUCUGCCCCAACUCCGGCCAUGCCGCCGCUCCUCCUCUCCCUCCGCUCCUCGCCCUCCCCAUGCCUCCGGCUUCGCCGCCGCCUCCUAUUCCGCUGCUCCGCGUCCUCCUCCUCCUCCUCCGCCCCCUCCUCGUCACUCGCCCCGUACCACGCCUCCUUCGACCGCCGCAUGGCCCUCGCCGGCAUCCGCCCGCACCACCGCAUCGCGGUGGGUGUCUCCGGCGGCCCGGACUCCAUGGCGCUGUGCGUGCUCGCCGCGGCAUGGAAGAAGGCAGCGGGGCGGAAGGCCGCCGGCGAGGAGGGCUCCGAUGCCUCGGCGUUCGUGGACGGGCUUCUGGGCGUCGUCGUCGACCACGGGCUGCGCCCCGAGAGCGCCGACGAGGCGCGGCUAGUGUGUGACCGCGUGCGCGGCAUGGGGGUUGAGUGUGAGAUUGCUAGAUGUGAGUGGCCAGAUGGUCGCCCAAAACAAGGGCAUGUGCAAGAGGCGGCCCGUGAAGUGAGGUACCAAAAAUUAUUGGACAUUUGUAUAAAGCAACAAAUAGGAGUCUUGCUUAUUGCACACCACUCUGAUGACCAGGCUGAGCUCUUUGUUCUCAGGCUAUCUCGUAAUAGUGGGAUUUUAGGGCUUGCUGGUACAGCCUUUGUGUCUCAAUUGUUUGCGCCUAAUGUAAAAUAUGAUGGAGAGAACUUUCGACGGUAUGGCGUUCUUCUUGUGCGGCCCAUGCUUGAUUUUUCUAAAGAUGAUAUGUAUAAGAUAUGUCAAGGUAGUAAUCAAUCCUGGGUGGAAGAUCCAACAAAUAAUAGUAUGAUGUAUGCUAGAAACAGGAUUCGGGCAUCUUUGAGAAAUUUAUCUGCUGAAGGUACCUUCCUCUCCGGAGUUCAUAAACUGAUAAGCUCAUGCCGGUUGGCAAGGACAUGUGUUGAUGGUACCUGGAGUAUGAUCGCAAAGAAGUCUGUGUCAAUAUUGGAGUAUGGAUAUGCUGUUAUUGACCUGGAAAUACUUGAUCCAUUAAAUAUGGACGACCUUUGUCUUUCACAUUAUUUAGCAUAUAUCUUGCAGUUUGUUUCACAGAGGCACAGGCCACUUCGUGGUAGAUCUGCUCGACUGCUCCUGGAUUACAUUCGUACCAUUCCAUGCAAGGCUGCCCUUACUGUAGCUGGCUGUUACCUUUGUGCUGCUCCAAGGUCUAAAGGUUCAAAAGUACUCGUUUGUUGUUCUGUUGACUGGAUGGAGUCAUCUUCUGCUGAAAUUUCCUACAAGUGUUCCUACGAAGAGCAGGCACCUCCAGUACCCGAGAUUGAUCAGAUAGUCCUUGAAGGACUUUUACAAUCUAAUCAGUUUAUACAGAACCAGUCCAACAUACCUUUUGUGUAUUCUAAAUCUUCCAUAGAUAUUCUGAACAAAGCAAAGGAUCUAAACAUAAUAGAUGAUUUUACAUUAGAAAAGCUCCGUUACUUGCGAACAGAUGAACAAAGUAAAUUUAUUGCGAAAGAACAUAAAGAUGAAGAACAUGAUAUGGAGGAAACAAAAUUUCCUGAUUGUAAUGUCUUGAGCCUUUGUCCUGGCGAGACAUGUCACUUUAUGAGUAGAUUCUUGAUUACAUGGAAAGCUCCAGAAGAUGUGAAUGAAAUAUGUUUGCAUGAAAAUAAAGAAUAUAUGUCCAAGAUUUGUACUGUGAAUCUGGAUGGAUGUCUUGAAGUCCGGCACAUGGUUGAUACUGACUGGCUGUUCCUUGCUGAAGUUUGUAACAUCCGUUCAAUGGAAGAGAACCUGAGUGAUCCAAAAGCUUCCAGUGGCAAGAUGCAAAUGGAUAAUGCCCCACAGCACUACAGAUAUUUGCAACAGUCAGCACAGAAAGCUCUUCAGAUCCUUAGAUGUAUUCCUGCUGCUGCAAGACGUACACUUCCAGUACUAACCAACACGCAAGGUGACAUAGUGUGUAUUCCGAGUAUUGGCUUCAGAUGUUGCCCUAGCCUCUCGCUACAAGCAGUAUUCUAUCCAAGAGUGCCUCUCGGUGGAGGAUACAGUUCAUAUUUAUAAUUGCUCAAACUUUGCUCUGAAAGAAGUUGUGGAUCAUCACUGUUGGUUUAUGAGUGGCUGCUGGUUCUGAAAGAUUUUGCCAUUUUGGUUGCUUGAGGGACAGUCUUUGCAUGCUACAGCAUGAGUUGAAAUUGCUUGUUCAAAUGGCAGAGGAUGGAUAGACCCAUGGAAAUUGUACGCUCAACAAUUUUUAUUGCUGUAACUGGUGUGCAGUGGAUGUUCAGUCGAAAAACUUUUGCUUGUGCCUCGGAUGGCUGGGGCCUGGGGCUGGGGCUGGCGUGGCGACUGGUGGCUCAGCUCGUUGUUGCGGCGGCCUCGCUUUCGCAUGACCAGCUCCAGCCAGCCCAGCCAUCCGAACAGGGUGAGAUAUUUUGCUCAUUGUUCUUCCUCGGAGAGACUGAUCACCUCGGCAGCAUCGUGGGUGGAAUUUUACUCGUCGGAAGUCUUUACACCAUGCUGUGGGGUUAAAUCAAGGAAAGUAAGACUUACGAUGUCAGAGAUGAUACAGAGAAAGAUGGGCAUAAGAAAUCUGCAGAGAAUUGCCCGGAAGAGCAAGAGCAGACUACAACAGAGGUCAGGGAAUCAGCAUCGAUAGGCGCAUCAGCCUCUCGCGUGGAAGAACUGUGAAUCUGUCGUCGAUGGAUCCUACUAAUGUACUCUGACUGCGUUAUGUAUCCAAACGUAAAACUGUGGUUUUUCUUAGUACAUCAAGUUUACUUAAUCCGGAAUAUCCGGAAACGUCAUCUCUAAUGCUACAAUAAUAACACGUUUGAUAAGGGGAAAAUACUUUCCUGGGAAAUUGAUUGCGUAA